CAACAUCCUGGUACUUGUGUGCGUUGUCAAGGGAGCCCGAGCACGGUUGGCUGGCGGAAGCGAGCUGCAGUGUGUCCUGCCUGAUCUGUCCUCGCGCCACAAAACAAGAAAAAACCUUCCCCUAAACCUAGCCGCCCUGGGGACAAAGUUAGAUGUAACCCAAAGAAAAGAACACCUGAUUCCCAAUGUGAUGCUGUCCCCAGUAUGACAUCAUGAAGAAGACCAAGUUGUGUCAUUGAGGAAUGAAUGAAUGGAUCCAUGUGACCAGCCAUUUUGAUGAGAUCUGACGGGCGUCCAAGCUGGCAACAGCAUGCCAUGCAUCAAACGGAAAGGUGGAUCUGCAUCUCAGCGGUACAGACCUGCCUCCGAUUACGACGAUGCCACUUUGGCACGCAGAAGGGAAUACUGGCGAACCCAGAAGCGACAACAGAGAGCCCGGCUUUCGGGGCAGAGAGAGAAACCAGUGCAGGAGAGUUUGGUUAAAGUUUCCCGUCUGAGUGCUCCCGUGGGGGGGAAUUCUACUUCAUCUGUGUCUCAGAGGUCCAAAACCACUGAGAGGGUUGUGACCAGGUUGACCAAUGGCAGCAAAGCUAAAAACACACCGCAACUCAGAUCACACCAGACGACACACAUUACGUUAUGCUCUCAGAAACCUUCACCUCCUGAUGUGCCCUCUCCGUGUGACCUUGCACUUAUCAAAACUGAAGACACAGCACCUCAAAGGAGAAGUAACAAUGCCAACUCUCUCUCUAUACUCCAGUCUGAGGAGGAGAGGGCGGCACGACGCAGAGAGCACUGGCGGAUGAAAAAACGAGAGCAGCGAGCCAAGAUGGCCGCAAAGCUCGCCAAAGCUAGGGAGUGGACGCAGAACAGAAAUGUCACAUCUAAGAGAACUGAAGCUGCUCAUCCUCUUGCAAAGGUGAAAACACAAACGUCCUAUAGGAAUACAGCCUCCAAAAUGGGGAUUCCUGAUGGGAACUCGGGGAGGAAGUCUCCAAAUCUUAUGCAGAACACCUCGGCAGAGAUUUAUAGAAGCUCAAAGACAUCUAAAACUUAA